GCGGGCGGCGCGCUCGCCGGGACCCGUGCGGGGCGUGGGGCCGGGCCUGUCCGGGACUGGGGACAAUGGGAGGGGGAGUGCCCCGGCACCUCCUCCUCCGCCUCUGCCUCCGCCUCCAGCCGCCGCCACUGCCGCUGCCCCGUCUGCCUCCUCCCUGAGGUGGGGACACGGAGACUCAGAGUUGGAAGUGAAACCAGAAUCCAGUUAGCCAAAUCCCAGUCCAGUGCUUUUUCCACCGUGCACUCAUUGGAGGGAAGAUAUUUUUCCUCAGUUGGUGCUAACAUUUCAUUUGCCUGAACCCUGUGUCUGCUACCUGCUCUAAGAGUCAGCUCCUUGAGGUUCUAACAAUGUCUCAUCCAUCUUGGCUGCCACCCAAGAGCACUGGUGAGCCCCUUGGCCACGUGCCUGCGCGGAUGGAGACCACCCAUUCUUUUGGGACCCCCAGUAUUUCAGUGUCUACACAACAGCCACCCAAGAAGUUUGCACCAGUAGUUGCUCCAAAACCCAAGUACAACCCAUACAAGCAACCUGGAGGUGAGGGUGAUUUUCUUCCACCGCCCCCUCCACCUCUGGAUGAUCCUGGUGCCCUUCCAUCUGGCUCUGGAAACUUUCCUCCUCCACCCCCACUUGAUGACAGUGCUUUCAAAGUGCAGCAGGGAAAUCCUGGAGGCAAGACCCUUGAGGAGAGGCGUUCCAGCCUGGAUGCAGAAAUUGAUUCCUUGACCAGCAUCCUAGCUGACCUCGAGUGCAGUUCCCCCUACAAGCCUCGGCCUCCACAGGGCUCUACUAGUACAGCAGCCUCUCCUCCAGUCUCCACCCCUGUCACAGGACACAAGAGAAUGGUCAUCCCAAACCAGCCCCCUCUUACGGCAACCAAGAAGUCUGCAAUGAAGCCACAGCCUGCGCCUCAGGCAGGCCCCAUUCCUGUGACUCCAAUUGGAACACUCAAACCCCAGCCUCAGCCAGUCCCAGCCUCCUACACCACGGCAUCGACUCCAUCAAGACCAACCUUCAAUGUGCAAGUGAAGUCGGCCCAGCCGAGCCCUCAUUACAUGGCUGGCCCUUCAUCUGGACAAAUUUACGGCCCAGGGUCCCAUGGUUAUAAUGCUCAGCCCGUCUCUGUCUCUGUACAGUGUCCACCUUCAUCAACCCGGGGUGGCACAGAUUAUGCCUAUGUUCCACCACCAGGAUCUCAGCCUGAGCCUGGGUAUGGCUAUGGCCCCAACCAAGGUCGCUAUUAUGAACCCUAUUAUGUAGGGGGGUCUGCCUAUGGGGGCAGAAAUGACUCGGAUCCUGCCUAUGGUCUGCAAGGUCACCCAAAUACCUGGAAGCGGGAACAAGGAUACACUCCCCCUGUGGUGGGGAACCAGAGUCCUGCUGGGAUGUAUCCAGUCCCUGGUUCCAAGAAGACCUAUAUCACAGAUCCUGUGCCAGCCCCCUCUGCACCACCACUGCAACCAAAGGGUGGACAUGCAGGGCCUAUGGGACCUCCAUCUAUUCCCCCUUCGUUCCGCCCGGAAGAUGAGCUGGAGCACCUUACCAAAAAGAUGCUAUAUGACAUGGAAAAUCCACCUGCUGAUGAGUACUUUGGCCGCUGUGCUCGCUGUGGGGAAAAUGUAGUUGGGGAAGGUACAGGAUGCACUGCCAUGGAUCAGGUCUUCCAUGUGGAUUGUUUUACCUGCAUCAUCUGCAACAACAAGCUCCGAGGGCAGCCCUUCUAUGCAGUUGAAAAGAAAGCGUACUGUGAGCCCUGCUACAUUAACACUCUGGAGCAGUGCAAUGUGUGUUCCAAGCCCAUCAUGGAGAGGAUUCUCCGUGCCACCGGGAAGGCCUAUCAUCCUCACUGCUUCACCUGUGUGAUGUGCCACCGCAGCCUGGAUGGCAUCCCGUUCACCGUGGAUGCUGGUGGACUCAUUCACUGCAUUGAGGACUUCCACAAGAAGUUUGCCCCCCGAUGUUCUGUGUGCAAGGAGCCUAUCAUGCCAGCCCCUGGCCAGGAGGAAACUGUCCGUAUUGUGGCUCUGGAUCGUGAUUUCCACGUGCACUGCUACCGCUGUGAGGAUUGUGGUGGUCUCUUAUCUGAAGGAGACAACCAAGGCUGCUACCCCUUGGAUGGACACAUCCUCUGCAAGACCUGCAACUCUGCGCGCAUCAGGGUGUUGACCGCCAAGGCGAGCACUGACCUUUAGAUUCAGUGGUCUGUUUAGCAGCUUAGUGUAUGGCGCUGAGAAGAAUGAGACACAAGAAAGAAAUAAGAAAAAAAUAGGAAAAUAUUGGCAAGGCAAUCAAAUUAUGGGAUGGUCUCUGUGCUUCAUUUGCUGUUAAAUUUUCUGUAGAAACACAUAGUUUAUGAGUUUUGUUUUGUUUUGUUUUUAUAUUCUUACCAAGUACACAUUUCACAUUUAAUCAUGUAGGGCCUCGAUGGGCCUUUGUUCCAAGUACUUCAACAUUUUUGCACGGAUUAUGCCCCAUCCCAUUCACUUCUGCAUUCCUGUAACUUUUAAUCCCUAUGUUUGUCUCACUUUUCAUCUGGUUGAAUGGCUUUUUUUAGUGUGGUAUUUGCUGUCACACAGUUUUUCCUGGGUCACUCUGCCAACUCACAGGUGCUUUUAGAAGUCUCCAUCCUAUCACUUCCACGUUGCCUGUGACUCUGAAGGUUAGCCAUUAUUUUGCUAUGUUUUGGAAAGUAUAUUUUUCUGUUCUACACACCACUCGUGUCCCUUGGAGAAAAAAUACACAAUAUCUAUGUUAGGCUGUAAACAAUUUAAGUUGUGUAAAAUAUGUCGAUUAAAACAAACCCAAAUUUAAUUCACAACCAUCCAAAUUUAAAAUCUGCAGCGACCAGUGGUCAAACCUCCUUUGAAAACAGUUAUUGGCCAAUAGCUAAUGAAUAGGGAAACAGAACCAAGCUUUAGUCCUUUUCUGAAGGAAGUACAGGAAGGACAUGCCACACACAGAAUUUGGGGGGUAUGUUUGGAAAGUCCAUUAUUAUCCCACAACACUACCUUAAGAUUUUCCUUUUUCACACUACCUGGACACAAUACAGACAAACUUGCAUUCGUGGCAUUUCCAAUAUUAUCCUGCUUUUCAUCUAAGACAUUGUGAUUUUUUUUCCUAAUAGCCAAACACAUCACCAAAAUUGACAUUUUCUCUAGAGAAAGAUACCCAUAAAAAAAUGUUCAAACACCUUCCUUCUCGCUCUCUCUUUCUCUCUCUCUCUCUUUAAACUCCUAGG